AUGGUGAAGAAGUUAUCUGAAGACGAAACUGUAAAGUUUGUCACUAUAUACAGAGAAAAUCCGUGUUUAUGGGAUGUAACAUCAAUUCAUUAUAAAAACAAAGCUAUGCGCCAAACUGCUUUGCAAAAUCUGUGCAUUGGUAUGGAAAUUGAAGGAUUCACACCGGAAGAUGUGAAAAACAAAAUAAAAAGCAUUCGUUCGACAUACUACCUUGAACUAGACAAGAUUAAGAAAUCAUCCACAUCUGGUGCUAGUGGCAAUGUUUACCAACCCAAAGUGAAAUGUCAGGCCAGGAAGCUUGUUGUUCACCUCCGAGACUAUUUUGAAAGAGAACAACAAAAUAAUGGAGCGUUGUUACCAUUGAAUCAAGUUGUUGACCGAGUAGCUGAAGCUCUUCAUAUUGGCCGCAAUACUGUUUCACGUAUAACACGUGAGAAAAUUGGCCAAGAUGGGAUGUCUGAAAAUAAAUUAUCGUCACCCAACAAAAAGCGGACUAAAGUGAAGCCAAUCACAGAUUUAGAUGAUUUUGCUAAGGCUGCUAUUAGAAAUCAUAUUUAUGGUUAUUAUAAAAGAAAGGAGCUACCCACAUUAUUCAAGCUUCUAAAAUCGUUUAAAGAAGCUGACUUGUUCAAAGGAGGUAUUACUUCGUUGCGGCAAGUUAUGAAAGAUAUUGGUUUCGUUUACAAAAAAGUUAACAAAAGGAAGAUUAUUAUGGAGAGGACUGACAUUGCCCUAGCAAGAUGUUCAUUCUUAAGAAAGGCCAAAAACAUAAGCGAUUGGAGCAAUGUUGUCUUUUUGGAUGAAACGUGGCUAAACGCCAACCAGACAGUGGGUAAAAGUUGGACCGACGAUACGGCACAAUCGUGUACCAAAGUGCCGGAGGGCAAAGGCGAACGCCUUAUUAUUUGUCACGCAGAGUAUCAUGAGGAGAUGAACUACGAAAAAUUUAAAGAUUGGUUCAUAGGUCUAUUAAAUAAUUUAAAAGAGCCUAUGACCAUAAUAAUGGACAACGCACCCUACCAUUCGGUACAAGUUAAUAAACCCCCAAACCAAUCCAACCGCAAAAGCGAGUUGGUAAAGUGGUUGAAUGAAAACGGAGUUACAGCAGAUAUAAAAAUGUUAAAAGCAGAGCUUAUUGCCUUAGUACGACGUCAUAAACCAUCAACUCCUACCUAUGCUCUGGACGAAAUGGCAAAAGAAAAAGGCCACCAGGUCCGUCGACUACCACCCUACCAUUGUCAGUAUAACGCUAUUGAGCUGAUUUGGGCCCAAAUAAAAGGUCACACCGCAAGAAAUAAUACAUCGCCGCCAUUUACGGCAAAUAAGAUGUUGGCCCUAUUACAAAACGCCAUCAACAAAGUUCAGCCUGUAGACUGGUCGAAGGUUGUGAAUAAAAUAAAAAGGGACAUUAUGUCUGAUUGGGAUCGUGACAUCCAUAUUGACAAUAUAAUGGACUCAUCGUUAAUAAUAUCCGUCACAGAUACAGAUGAUGAAUUUAGUGACAAUUCAGAUGUUCCUGGUUCUGAUAUGAGUUUAGACGAAUAA